CCUGUCUGCAGUCCGUGUCUGCAUUUUAUCCUAGCCCUUCAUAGACCAAUAGACCCCUGGUUGCUUUCGUCUGUUUUGCUUGCUACAAAUUUGGUUGUAUUUGACACGUGUGGCUUAUGUCUUAUCGUUGCAAAGUUAGAGAACUCCCGAACAAACUAUUGUUGAAAGUUAAAUAUCUCACAUUGUCUGUUAACCCUUAAAAAAUGAUGUCUGAAGCGGGUGCACAAAGUGACCUUUUGAAACCAAAACAUUCCAAAGCACUGCUCGAUGUGGAGGGAAUCAGACAAAAAACAAAGGAAAGUGUGGUUUUCUCUCUUUUGAAAGAGAAAAAGCGUAGUGGUGGAACAUUCAAAAUUGCGCCAUCACCCUCUUUGCAAAAGGUCAAAGAAUUUCUGCCUCACCUAAGGAGCGCAAAUGUAAAAAUGCAAGAGGAGCUUGAAAGUGAUCCUAGCUUGCAAACAAAGUAUGACAUACAGAAUUUAGAUGGAGAACCUGGAAGAAUAAUAGAAAUGGAUUUGGCUCUUUAUGAAGACACAGAUUCAGACUGUUCAAUUUCAUCUGAAAACACAGGAGCAGAGGCAAACAUUGAAGUGAUAGAUGAAAAUAACAUCAAGUUUCCAGGAGGCAACUUUAAGUCAAACUUAGUUCAGAUUGUAGAAAAUGAUCAAGUAGACCAGGAAAAUAUUACCAUUCCUGUUUAACAACUGAAAAUAUAUUGUACAAUUUUCUUAGGAA